UUGAUAAAAAAAAAACAGAAAGAGUUAAAUCUGUUGGGCAGAAUCGUAAUGCUAAAUUUUUUUACACACCAUCAUUUUUGACUGGCUUGGGAAUCGGUAGUUUAGCUAGUUCUGCAGCAUUAGCAUCAUCAUCAAAUCCAGAAUUAUUGAUAUCAGAAAGUAACCCUAUAACCAAGCGACACCCACGGCCCAUGCCCAUAUUCAUGGAUACUAAUCAGAGCUUACCAAUGCCUCCAAUAUCAUCAUUACAGGAUAACUUUAACGUUUACGAUUCAACUUAUCCAUAUAUUGCACUUUCUACGACUCUUUUCGAUAAAUCACUCCGUUCAAUUUACAAUAUGCUCGAUCACAUAAAGUCACAGUUGGCUGGCAAAGAAACUUCUAGCGACCUUAAUCAAAUUUCUGUGAAUAACUCAAACAAUUAUGAAGUUAACAAUAGCGCUGAAGAAACGUCACCCAUUAGAGUUAUUACCAAAGAUGAUAGAGAGCAAUUGGGAAUCGUUAAUCGCUCGCUCUUAAAAGAUGUUAUUAAAGAGUCUAUUGAAGAAAUAAAUAAUGAUCUAGAACAAAGGCAAGGAACACGUUUUAAUGUUGGUAAUAGUAAUGCUCCAAUAGUUUCUAAGACAUCAGGACCAACAGUUCGACAAAAUAAUGAUAACACUAAUAAAACCAUUGAUGAUAUUAAUAAGAAUGACACUCAAAUAGUAUCAACUACAGUACCUCCAGUCAAUACAACUGUUCAUCCUGGAUAUUAUGGUGGAAAUCCACAAAACAUAAACAAUAUUAAUUUGAUACCCGGGAUACCCGGAUUGCCAUCUCAUUCAUAUGGUUAUCCAAACGAAAUACAAUAUGGUCCUCCGCCUAGUAUUUACGAACAUGGUUAUGGACAUGGACCUGGACCUGGAUAUGGACAAGGAGCGUUUAAUCAAGAUUACUAUCAUCCCGAAUCUUAUUAUGAAAUUCCAGUAGAUCACUCAUCGACCGGUUCUUUUUCUGCACCGACCGAACACUGGCCAAUCUACCCACCAUACGCAAGAGCACUUAAAUUUCCUAAUAAUGAUAAAAGCAGGAAAAUUAAUACCAAUAGUUUUAAACCUUCGAGUAAAAUUGAAUAA